AUGAGAGAGAUCGAUGCACGUGUCACUGGGUUCGACUUCUCCACUCACCACGCCUAUACAACCGAAGUGGAAGUAGAUGGCCGCACGUGGUCACUAGCCAUUCGCUACAGCACUUUCUAUGACUUUUACACACGGCUAACAGCGCUCGAAAAGCACUUUGCAGUGGAGUUUCCUCCCAAGGGCGGACUUUUCUUCUCUCCACCACCUGAAGAACGUCAGGAACAGUUGGAUGAUUUCCUGCUAAGCACACUCGCGUACUUCGACAUGCGAGGGCAUCCCAAGCGCAUGGAGGCGCUCCUAAGUGAGCUGCUUCAGAUUCCCCAGCAUUUAGGUUUUAAGGACGACGAUGAAGAGCGCACAGCCAGUGAGGGAAGCUCCGUGGCCGAAGAACUCUUACUUGAUACGCCAAUGCCUGGUCACCAUCUCGAUAAUUUUCUUGAUUGUGACCAAGACGACCGAUUCCACGAGAGCUUAAAUGCCAAUAUCGAUUCACCUCCUAGUCUUGAACGGGACAACCAAGUUGAAGUUGGUGUUGCAGUGACCAUAACAAGUGAAAAGGGUCCGUUCAAACUUGAGCUGAAGCCAGAGAUUAUGGUUGCUGAGCCAGAGGAGGAGCCAAAGAUUGUUGCUGAGGUCAUGCUACCAGCAGAGUCUGACGAAUCACUUAUCAAGCAACAGCAAUCGCUUGAGCAGCGCAGAAUGCCCAACAAUCGAGCUAUGACGGCUGCUGCCGUGUCAACAAUAGAGAAAAAAGUCGAAAAACCGAAAAAGCCUAUGUUUUUCAAAGACGGCGAGACGAUCCAGUCCACUGAGAACCUUCAGGUGCCAGUGCAGAACAUGACGAAAUGUAUGGCCGAGUAUGCAGAGAUGAACCUUGAAAAGACGAAGUCUGCUGGACUCAGUAAGCCUGCCAAACAAGUCGAGGCUAUUACAGUGGGGGCGGAAAUUACGCUUAAGACCUGCUCGAGUCCUGCGCUCGAGUUGUCAAGAAACACAGUGUCUGCUUCAAAAAACGCGCCGGCGAUAGCCGAUGGAGAGAGCAUCAGUAUAAAGAAAACUGUCACAGCAGAAAUCGUUUUACAAAACGAGAAUGUUAAAGCCGUUGCCGAGUCAAGCGAGGAGGAGUCCGAAAAUCCCGUUCUGAGCUGGUUUCGCCGCAUUGGCACUUUCGGUCAGGAUACAAAGCAAAAGACUACUACUCAAGUGGAGCAAGAAGUGAACAAUAUUGUUGGUGCCAAAGCUGCGGAAAGGGCACGAGAGCAAGCAGAAUUAGCUAAAGCAAAAAAAGAAGCUGCCGAAGCCAGAGAAGCAGCCGAGGCUAAGAUUGCAACCGAAGCCAAAAAGGCGAUCGAGGCCAAAAAAACUGCUGAGGACAAAAAAGCUGCUGAAGCUAAUCUUUUACGUGCCAAGCAGGAGCUUGAUUGCCGCAUAAAUCGCUACAGAUUCCCAGUCUACUUUAAGACCUUUAGCUGUCCCAUAAAGGCAUCGUGCUUAUCGUUGCAGUGCCAAAGUGCUGGAAUCGACGUAUUGUCAGUGUCGUCAGAGUUGUGA